AUGUCUCACACCUCUGUCAGCCUAGCCCAGACGUCAGAAGUACACAUAUUCUCAGAUGCUUCUGAAAAGGCGAUAGCGGCAUCAGCAUAUCUCAGAACUGUGAGUGACGGCCUAACCAGCGUUCGAUUUAUCAUGGGAAGAAGCAAGUUAGCACCCCUUAAAGGCCAUACCAUACCUCGUCUUGAGUUGUGUGGUACUGUCCUGGCAACAGAACUUGCUGAGAUCAUUUCUGUACAACUUGAUAUCCCAUUGGAAUCCAUGAGAUAUUACACAGAUAGCAGAGUUGAUUUAGGUUACAUUAGCAACAGGACUUGUAGGUUGUAUACCUAUGUAAGCAACCGUGUUGACCAUAUAUUACGAACAUAUUCUGCCAACCAAUGGAACUUUAUCUCCAGCGAGAAAAUCCUGCAGAUUCCUGUACUAGAUGCAUUACUAAUGUUACCAACAUUAUGCAGCUACCCUGGAUUAUUAGUCCACAAUGGUUAUGUGAUAUCACUGAAAUGGAACCUAGACAGUUUCCACUAG